UGCGCACACCGCACCGCCGCGCAAGUCUGCUCUCUUCAGCACCGUUAAGUGUGAUUGACAGAAUUAUAAGAAGCUCUCGCAAAGUUGAUCCUUUCCUCCAGAUCCUCUAACAAGUGCAUCUUGUCAUUCAGUGCUAUGUCCACACCGGGGAGCCCUGCCGGUCCCGGGAUGGUGAGCAGCCGCUGCAUGGAACCUGAACCAGACCCGGGCCACAUCUUCCCGGUGACCCGGUCCUCCGUGCUGGCUCGACGCCUCCUGAAUUUACGGGCGUACAGCAGCAGCGGGAUCCGCCGGAGGAGGGAGAUGAUCCCCAACGAGAGGAAGGAUUCAAGCUACUGGGUGAGGCGGAAAAAGAACAACGAGGCGGCCAGGCGGUCCCGGGAGAAGAAGAGGCUAAGCGACCUGAUGAUAGAGGGGCAGCUGCUGGCCCUCAGCGACGAAAACACCCAGCUGCGAGCUCAGCUGCUCAGCAUGUACCACAGCAGCCUAGGUGCAGAGAAGAGAAAACCUGCUUCUGCAACAUCAAAUGUGCCCUUAUCACAUGCCGUAUUCCAGCCAGGGCUCUGGGGCAACAACAGGAGCAAUGCAUUUUCAUUAGACGCCAAGAUUCCUCGCUUUAGCGCAACAGGUGUGGAUGGUUUCAAUGCACAAAGUUCCCUUUUUUCACAAGGCACCUCCCCCCUCUCCGGGACCCGUGUGCUCUCUCCAGAGGCAGAGAUUGAUACUCAGCGACAGGUUUCCUCCAGCUACGACAUCCAUAGCUCCACCGAUGCGUCUUCCAUCCGAGCCUUUCCGCCCACACCUGACCACCAUGCCUCCAUCCUGUCAUCUGGAACCUGGCUGCUGCCCCACAUGAAUCCCCCAACAGUGUCCAAUAAUUUCCUUCUCCCGUGGCCAUCUCCAUACCUGACCCCACCGGCCUUCUACCGCAGUAUGCCUCUCUACUCCCAGGAGAGACAAGGCCAGGGUCUCGGUGUGGAGGCAGAUAUCCAGCCAGGAGGAUUCAAGAGCCGCUUCAGCAGUGCACCGGCCGAGGUUUCAGCACACGGGAUGCACCUCAGCCCUGAUUGACGCUUGUGUCACUGCACUUAAUACCGUGUGAGAGGGCCAAUGCAAAACAUGUUUUACCAUCUGGUAAUUUGAACCACAAUGCAACAGGUCGUGUGCAUAUUUAUCAAAAUGUACUAUAGAGUAUUAAAUCCAUGUCUAAUGCGAAUUUACUGCAGGUUUCAAGUACGUUGCCUUUUUUCGGACUGUUUUAUUGUAAGCAUGAAAUAGCCUUGUCAGAAACCCAGAACAAUUCUAAGUUUUCGCUUUUUAAUGCUACUCUAAAAUAAAUAAAUAAAUAAUUACUUUUCUUGUAGCAAGACAUGUCGGGGUUGAUUGGGGGUUAAGAUUUAUUGAUGUGAUUUUUUUACAGUUUAUAUCUGCGGUGGAAAUAAUGCUGACAGAGACAGCGAAACUAGGUUGUUGUUGGCUUGGUGUUCCCCUUC